GUCGCCUUCCUCCGUCGGCGUCGGCGGCGACGUUUACUCUUCAUAUAUCUUCUCUUUUUCAUUCUUUCAGUUUGGGUUUCUCGUGUUUUUCCUCUUCCUUUCCUCUUAUCGAUCCUCUAUUGGAAACCGAGCUCCCCCUCUUCUCAGAUUCAUCUCGUUGACUUACCUCAAAAUCCCAUCUCCGUUCAUCCACACUUGACUGAUUCUUUGAUUUUCCCAGACUCCAUUCAACCCCUUCCGGUUUGUAGUUCCAGUUUCAAUUCCCCGCUCCGGAAGCCGAUUCUCUGUUUUCCGAACAAGAUAUGGCGUUAAUCCUUCUCUAGGCUGUUCUGAUUAUUCCUUUAUCGUCUCUGCAACCAACCUGCGUCAAAUCCUAAUCCACCUACUCAAAUUUGUAAUCAUGGCUAUUCGUGUUACUCUCUCCUACUCUGGUCAUGUCGUCCAAAACCUAGCCUCCUCCACCGGCCUUCGGGCCGGUAACUGCCGCGUCUUUCAGGAGUUUUGGGUCCGAUCUUGUAUUUUUGGCUCGACCCAUAAUCCGGAGCUCAAAUCUUCUGGAAGCGCGCGCAAUUAUCGGUCCGAUAGCCGGCGGUUCAAGCCGGGUGGCUCUGUUGAGAAGGCAACUGCUAUGUACAGUACUCUCACCGGAGAAAGGGUUGGGGAAAGCCCUAAGAAUCCGAUGAUUUUGGGUUUGAUGUCGAUGUUGAAAUCGAUGGGUGAUUCUUCUGUGAUCAGUACGGGGAUUUCUGGGGUUUCUUCGUUUAAAGCUACUUCGAUUAUACCCUUUUUACAAGGAUCGAAGUGGCUUCCGGGUUAUGAUGUACGAUCCGUGAGCGACGAUGUGGAUAAAGGCGGAACAACUGUUUGUUAUGAUUAUUACGAUAAAAGUGGAAAUGAUCAGUUUUAUGAGAAUGAUUUUGAGAAGAGCUGGGUUUCGCGCUUGUUGAGUACUUAUUCAGAGGAUGCAAAAGCCCUCUUUACGGCUUUGACUGUCAGUGUGCUCUUUAAAUCUUUCUUGGCAGAGCCGAAAUCGAUUCCUUCUUCUUCCAUGUGUCCAACUCUGGAAGUAGGUGAUCGUAUUUUAGCAGAAAAGGUUUCAUACAUUUUCAGGAAACCUGAAGUUUCAGAUAUAGUGAUCUUUAAAGCUCCUCAAAUCUUGCAGGAUUUUGGAGUUAGUUCAGAUGAGGUGUUUAUUAAGAGAGUUGUGGCUACAUCUGGGGACGUGGUUGAGGUUCAAAAAGGGAAAUUGGUGGUAAAUGGUGUAGCUCAGGAUGAGGACUUCGUGUUAGAGCCAAUUGCUUAUGACAUGGAACCGUUGCUAGUGCCUGAAGGUUAUGUGUAUGUAAUGGGAGACAACCGUAACAAUAGUUGUGAUUCUCAUAACUGGGGUCCACUCCCAAUUGAAAAUAUUGUAGGUAGAUCAUUAUUCAAGUAUUGGCCUCCUUCCAAGGGAUCCGCUAUGGUAGAUGAACUACGUGUUGGGAAGAUUAAUCUUGGGAUUUCCUGACACAAUGUCCUUGGUAUUAACCUACCCUGUUACACCUUCACAGGGAUGAAAUUGCUCCUAUUUGAUACCGACAGCUGCAAUAUCUUUGCAUAUAAAACUUGGAUCGGACUUCAUGUCCGAGUGGUGUGUAUUAAUGAAAGUAACUCCUGUACCUCGUGAUGUCAUAUCCUAUGCUGUUCAUCCAAGAUGGGAUAGAAAAAAAAAAGGAAAAAAGAAAAGAAAAGAAAAAGAGAAGAAAAGUAAGGAAAAAGUAGAGGGGAAAUGAUCUUUUGGCCCCCAACCAAUUCCAGAACCAAAGUUCUCAAACUUCUGAUAGGUUUGUGUGUUCCCGACUUCGAAGGAAUGUCGAAAAGGCUAGAAACGUGCAUCAUCCACCUUGAGCUUGCUCUAUUAUUUUGGUUCUUGUGCACAUAUAUAGCCGAGAUGAAAGGACUUGCAUAGCAAAUGUAUCUUAAUUAACGAACAAAUCUAUAUUUUGUGUGUUUUGUGCUUGUGGUUUCUCGGCUUUAUUCAUCCUCCAUCUCUCCAUGUCUUCACUUUUGUGUAAUUGUAGAGAAGGAGAUGCAAUCUAUGUAUUUGAAUUCAGAUAUUUCAGAUAAUUAGUAUUUUCUGUUCCUUUA